GCUGCCCAUUUGCUCAAAAACAAAUAAUUUCCAACCAGUAACCACGUUGUUACUUUAUGGAUCAAAUUCAUGCAGCAGCCUUGUGCUUGUAGUUGUGAAUCGGAAAACUGGUAGACUAAAGCUUCCUUGAAAUUAUUUUUCAGCUAGUCGUAUCAUCAAUUAAUACGGACAAAAGGUCAGACUAUUCAAUUCUGAGCUUAGCCCCAGCUGAGAUUUCCUUUUUUUUAUCCCUAUCAUUUCUGACUCUCGCUGUACCUUUAAACUUGGAUUCGUAAUCCGGAAUGUAGAAGAGGCUUGCAUCCGUAUGAAUACCGAUGCAGGUGUAUGCACAUCUUGUCUCCAAAUCAUGCUACCCAGAAAUGCUGCUUUGAUUUUGGUUAUGGGCCUGUGCUGCUUCUGGUCUUUGAGAUUUGCUGACUCGAAGUUGCCACAAGAUGAAGUGGAUGCUCUCCAGCAAAUUGUCACCACAAUGGGCUCAAAAUAUUGGGAGUUCAAUGAAGAUUCAUGUCAAGUUGAAAAAGUUGGAGUAACAUCACGGGCACCAAGCAGCGCAGAAAGCAGUGUUCUGUGCCAAUGCGACUUUGCUAAUGAUACGUAUUGUCAUGUUGUGAAGAUUGUGCUUAAAGGUUAUAGCCUUCCUGGUGUGCUUCCGCCGGAAUUGGUGAAGCUUCCUUACGUCCAAGAUAUAGAUUUUGCUUACAAUUACCUCAGUGGUACAAUUCCUCCUGAAUGGGCUUCUUUGCAAUUGAAUUCAAUCUCUGUACUUGUAAACCGCCUAUCAGGGGACAUUCCGAAGCAUCUGGCAAAUAUUUCUAGCCUCACAUACUUGUGUCUUGAAGCAAACCAAUUUUCUGGAAGUGUUCCUCCUGAUAUUGGGAAACUAAUUAACUUGAAAACUUUGAUGUUGUCCUCAAAUAAGUUGAGUGGAAUGCUGCCAACUUCUUUGGCUGGGCUCCAAAACUUAACAGAUUUUAGGAUAAAUGAUAACAACUUCAGUGGAGCAAUACCCAAUUUCCUACAGAAUUGGAAAGAACUUGCAAGAUUGGAAAUGCUUGCAAGUGGACUAGGAGGAUCCAUUCCAUCAGCUAUAUCCCUUCUUAAUAACUUAGUUGAACUGAGAAUUAGUGAUAUAAAUGGGGCAGCUCAGGAAUUUCCAGACCUGAGCAAUGCUACAUUGCUAGUAAAUUUGGUUUUGAGGAACUGCAACAUUUCCGGUGAAAUCCCAGAAUACAUUUGGAAAAUGAACAAUCUGCAACUGUUAGAUGUCAGUUUUAACAGGCUAGUCGGAAAAAUAUCUGAUGAGAUAAGUGGAAAGCACUUGAGUUUUGUGUUUUUGACUGGCAACAUGCUAAGUGGAGACAUACCAGACUCAAUAUUGAAGGAAGGAAGUAGUAUUGAUCUUUCCUACAACAACUUUACAUGGCAAAGACCUGAUCAGCCUGCUUGUCAAGAGAAUUUGAAUUUGUAUGUAAAUUUGUUUAGAAGUUCUUCAAACGAGAACCCCUUAAGGAGAGUUCUUCCAUGUACACAUGAUGUCACUUGUCCAAGAUAUGGCUGUUCUAUGCAUGUUAAUAGUGGUGGAAAUGAUUUCACUAUGAAGGAAAAUCAUGAAGAAGUUUUGUAUGAAGGUGAUGGAGAAGUCCAGGGCGGUACAGCAAGAUAUUAUCGAAGUAUAAAUAGUUACUGGGGUUUCAGUAGCACUGGGGACUUCAUGGACGAUAAUAAUUUGCAGAAUGCUCGUUUCAUUGAAGUUGAGCCUGCAACAAACUUGUCUGAAUUGUAUAAUACAGCACGGCUUUCUCCUCUUACACUCACUUACUUUGGUUACUGCUUAGAAAAUGGAAAUUACACUGUUACACUGCAUUUUGCUGAAAUACAUUUUACAAAUGACAAUACUUAUAGAAGCCUUGGGAAGCGGAUAUUUGAUAUUUAUAUUCAGGGAAAAUUAGUUAGGAAGGAUUUCAAUAUUGAAAAUGAGGCUGGUGGUGCACAAAAGAGAGUGAUAAGACCAUUCAAUGCCAGUGUGACCGAUAAUUUUUUGGAGAUCCGUUUUUAUUGGGCUGGAAAAGGAACUACACGCAUUCCUAACAGAGGCACUUAUGGGCCCAUGGUAUCAGCUAUAUCGGUUAGUCCCAAUUUCAAAUCUUGUCAGCAUGGGGGAAAGAAGAAGGCUACUACUUAUAUUACUGUUAUUACUGUUGGAGUUGUGGCAACAUGCAUUAUUGUUCUGAUAAUCAGCAUCCUUUUGUGGAGAGGUCAUUUAAAAGUUAGAAAAAGGAAUAGAAAAGAUCUUGAAGGCUUAAAGUUGCAAAAGGGUUCCUUUACUUUGAAACAGAUUAAAGCUGCCACUAAUAAUUUUGAUUCUGCAAACAAGAUCGGAGAAGGUGGCUUUGGCCCUGUCUACAAGGGUCUAUUAUCUGAUGGUACUGAAAUUGCAGUGAAGCAACUGUCCUCUAAGUCAAGACAAGGAAAUCGUGAGUUUUUCAAUGAAAUAGGCAUGAUUUCCUGUUUGCAACACCCAAAUCUUGUUAAACUUCAUGGAUGCUGUAUUGAAGGGGAUCAAUUAUUAUUGGUGUACGAGUACAUGGAAAACAAUAGUCUCGCACGAGCUUUGUUCAAUGACAGCCAGUUGAUACUUGAUUGGCCAACUAGAUUUAAUAUCUGCAUUGGAAUUGCAAGAGGUUUAGCUUUUCUACAUGAAGAAUCAAGAUUCAAAAUUAUUCACAGAGACAUAAAAGCUACCAAUGUGCUUCUUGAUGAAAACCUAAACCCAAAAAUUUCAGAUUUCGGACUGGCUAGGCUUAAUGAAGAUGAAAAAACUCACAUUAGCACUAGGAUUGCUGGAACCAUAGGAUAUAUGGCCCCAGAAUAUGCACUUUGGGGUUAUUUGACCCACAAGGCUGAUGUUUACAGCUUUGGAAUUGUGGCUUUGGAAAUUGUUAGUGGGAAGAACAACAACAAUUACAUGCCGAGUACCAACUUCGUCUGUCUGCUAGAUUGGGCCUGCUACUUGCAAAAAGAUGGAAACUUAGAGGAUCUCCUUGAUCCAAGAUUGGGGUCUGAAGUCAACAUGAAACAACUUGAAAAGGUGGCUAAAGUUGCGAUGUUGUGCACGAAUGGAUCGCCGUCACUCAGGCCUACAAUGUCCGAGGUAGUGAGCAUGCUUGAAGGACAAACUAGUAUUCCUGAUAUCGUCCCAGACCCCAGUUCUUAUACAGAAGAUCUGAGGUUUAAAGCCAUGAGGGACUUUCAUCGAGAGAAGAAGCAAAGCUACAGUCCCAGCAGCAGCCAGACGGCCCGGACCCCGAAUUCAAUAACUAUUGAAACAGAGAUUGGCACUUCUUCUACAUCAAUUGACAAUCUCUAUAAGGUCAAUAUGGAUUCCAUGUCCUACUGAUGCUGAUUUUAGAUUAUGCUUCUGCGGGAUGUGAGCCUAGUUGUGCCCCCUGGAAUAGACAUCAGGUGCUUCUACAGUUUUACUUAAAAGUAGUGAACUUAAUUGCUAGGUAGAUUAUUUGACCGUGCUGCUUCUGCAUGAUGUACAUAGUUAUUAUUUUUCUUAUACCUUCACUUAGAACAGGGGGAGGUAGAAGUGUUGCCCAGAAGAUGGUUUUUGCUCUUCUUUUUCUUCUUUGUAUGCUCUCCCGGAGGGAAUUUGUUGUAGAAUCUCACAUUUUUGGUGACGUCAAUUAUAAUUAUUCUAAUUCAAAA